AUGCUUUUGCUCUUUCGAAGCCUCUUUGCUAGCAUGCCCUCCACCCGCAGUCCAAUCUGCACGGGUCCUGUCGAUUGUCCUGACGGUUCCACACGCAAACGACUGCAGGAGGGAGUCUGGAAAAGUUUUGCAUGGCUUCUAUGGGUGUGUAUCGUUGCAUUGUUCUCCUUGCCCGCGAUCCUCUUCGCCAUCGUCCAGUCUGUGCCGGCACAGCACAACGAGGCCAUCAGCGAGGACCUCUUGAAGCUUCUUCACAAGGCAGCUCCUGUACUGACAGUCUUGAUUGACAUGGCCCUAGCGGUACGACUCUCGAUGAAGUAUUCCAGUCUCACUGGAUUGCAUGCCGAUCGAUUGCUGAUGACGUUCCGGCUCUUUUCGGCUUGGCUUUUGCCCUUGUUGGUCACUGUCUUUCUGGACGAAAACUGUCUUUCAGGCUGGAAAAUCAGUUGGAGUGUUUGCCAAGACGCAAUCGAGCAGAAGCGCUUUGAUUGGAGUAUCUAUGGCGAAGAGAUCCUUAGCACCAGAAGAGACAUUUGCGGCUGGAACGAGACUUGGUGGUCUGACGGCCGCUGUAGUCGUGCCAUCGUGGGAAACUUGGCACCCUUUUUACUGAACAAACUGCUGAUAAGGAGUACACUGCAACCGGUUCUGUUGUUGCUCUUGUGGCAGCUUUCACGCUUGGAAGGCCAAGAAGACCUGCAGAAGGGGCAGCCGCUUCGAAUUCUAGGUUUUGGCCCCAGAACCAGCGGCUCCCUGCAACCCUUGCAACAAAUGUCCCUGCUGACGACACUGAUGGAAGUCUUGGUUUUCUGGACUCCAUUCAUACCCUUGCUGAGCAUUGGCAUUCUGAGCGCUAGCACUGCAAACCUUUUCAUCUUUGACUUGGGAGUUUGGCGCUUUGGGGUCAGGCUACCACUCAAUGAAAUGAACCAGAAAGCUGCAUUGGCGAAGGCCUACUUGAGAUUCGCCCUUGGUGCUGGCUGUUGCUUCCAGCUUUGGCAUGCUUUUGCUUCUAAAAUGUAUGGGCGAUACAUUUUGCUGGGCUUAAGCAUCACGGUGAUGGGGCCAUGGACCCCCAGAUUCUUGCCUGUCGAGCUGGCCCGACGUUAUUUCUGGGCGAAAUCGACGCGUCCAAGCGAGGAAGAGACGAAAUCGAUUGAAAUGACCCAGUCUGACCGCAUCUGA